UGGCAGUCACACCGCUGACCACACAGACGCAGGUGUUAGACGGUGCUCCAUAUUAGAGUAAAUACGGGAAACGCGUGUGUCUUCAGUCACGGCUCCUUGCCGGUUUCAAGGGUCACGACUUUGCAUGAGUUUAGACGGAAUCAAUGUCGUUUCACAGCGUUUCCAGAGAGGCCUUGAUAGGCUCUGCGACACUAGGACUGAUCUUUAUAACGGGUUAUUACAUCGGUAACAGCCGAAGCAGGCGGUACAGGAUGAACACCUUUAAGAGCCAUGUUGGAAGAAAGGAUGAUCCUGUGAUGCAGUACCUCCUCAGCCACUCCAUGAGGGAGCACCCAGCUCUGAAGAAGCUCCGCCUCAAAACUCUGGAGCACAAGUGGAACUCCAUCAUGGUGGCAUGUGAACAGUCUCAGUUCAUGGCAAACCUGGCGAGGCUAAUAAAAGCCAAGAAGGCCAUUGAGAUCGGUGUGUAUACUGGCUAUAACGCUCUGAGCAUCGCCCUGGCGCUGCCUGAGGAUGGUAAAGUGGUGGCGUGUGACGUCAGUGAGGAGUAUCCCAACAUCGGCAGACCUUUCUGGAAAGAGGCUGGAGUUGAACAUAAAAUAGACCUGCGUCUGCAGCCAGCGCUGAAAACUCUGGACGAGCUGCUGGCGGCGGGGGAGGCGGAGACGUUCGACUUCGUGUUUAUUGACGCUGAUAAGCAGAACUACGACAACUACUACGAGAAAUCUCUCCAGCUGCUGAGGAAGGGAGGCAUCAUCGCCAUCGACAACGUGCUGUGGGGCGGGCGGGUCGUGAACCCUGCGGAAGACGACCUGGACACCCAGGCCAUCGACAAGCUCAACAAGAAGCUGCACACAGAUGUCCGGGUGACCCUGAGCAUGCUAACUGUGGGAGACGGGCUAACACUGGCAUUCAAACUGUAAAACUAGCGCCAGUGUUGGAGGUACUGCUGCAGGUUUAGCCCAAUGCUAACGUAAAAACACUGCAGCAGGUGCAGCCUUACACUGGUCUUAGAUAAACACUGAUGCAGUGUCUAGCUCAGUGGUUCUCAGUCCUGUGGAACCCAUGUUCUGCAUAUUUUACUGUUUUUUUUACUUAAAUAAAUCCAUUUCAGCUCAUAAGCUCAUUAUGAAGAAUCCGUUUGUCCCAUAUGUUAGAUUAGGGCGCAGAACAGUGUGCAGAACAUGCAGCUCACAGGACGGGACAUCAACACCACUGGUUUAGCCUAUAAAGUGCCAUUUAAGUGACAAGUGAUCUUAAGCAUUUUACACUGGGACCUUUCACAGCACAGCCAACAGCCGCUGAACUGUGAUUUAGCAUUGCAGCUUUUAUUGACUGACCAUUGUUUCAGGGUAUUUUUGUCCAUUUUUGUUAGAGCUGUAAUAGUUUAAAUCAGAUAUAGGAAGAUGUGCAGUGAUUACCAGCAGAUUACUGUGUCUCUACAUUGUUAAAUUAUGUUUUAUGUGAUUGUUCUGCAGAUUUUAGUACUGUAGCAAAGGGUAAAUAAGUAAUAAGUGAUGAGUAAAAAUCACAGUUGCUGAAGUAAAUGAAGUAUUGCAUACAGGA